GCGGCCGCGCAGUGCGGCAGGUGCGGCUACUCCUGUCGGUGCUGAAGCCAGGGAACCACGUCCCGUAUGCUGGGCCUGCAGCCGCAUUCGGGUAAUGAUGCCCUCUUCCCUCCGGGGGCCCCUGCGGCCAGGGUUGCGUGCUGGGGGGCAGUGGGAGGGCAACGCGCCAGCCAGGAGGCGGGCGGGCAGGGCGGUGCGGGCUGCUGCCGUGGGCGCAGCCUCGCUGCCCUCUCGCCCUUUGCUCCAAGACCCGAGCCUGUCCCACGUGGGUGCGCGGGAGGCGGUGGAAGUAACCACUUAUGCUGCUCCUGGCCUUGGCACUGCAGCCGUGCGUCGGCUUCAGUUCUGUGACUCGAGAGCCCUAAAGGACUUGGGUGAUGGAGUCCAAGCCCCUCGUUGUGUGGACGAGAGACCCAGGGAGGUAACGUAAUUUGCCCAUAGUCACAGACACACUCAUGACCGAGAUUAGAAUCUCAAACCCUUCAUUCUUGGCUGCUCUGCCCUGUGUCUUCACACCCUCAGGGCUCCAGUGUCUCCUGCUUCUUAUAUCAAAAACCAGCCUGAGAAUCUCCUUAAGCUAUGAGCUGUUGUAGUCAGGCCCAAGCCCCUGAGUCAUCGUUAUCACCUUCUUGUUCUCCUUCUUUUUUCUUUUUCUUUUUUCCCCCUUAUUUUGAACUGUAAUGUGCAAAAAAACCACCUUGGGAACCUGGGAAAAUUCACAAUCCUUGGCCUGACUCUCAGAGCUUAUGGUGUAGGUGGAGAAAGCCAAGAAUCUGCCUUUUUCUUUUCUGACCCUCCCUAUCCCUCAUGCAUAUUUCGAGAUAAAACAACAAAAACAGCUAGAUUAAUCUCUGACCUACCGUCUUUUUUUAAAAUGUUUAUUUAUUUUAUUUAUUUAUUUUAAGGGAGAGAGGGAAUCCCAAGCAGGCUCCACGCUCAGUGCAGAGCCCCACUUGGGGCUGGACCCCACAACCAUGAGAUCAUGACCUGAGCCAAAACCAAGAGCCCCAGGCUUAAGGAACUGAGCUAUCCAGGCGCCCUCCCCCUUUUUUAAAUGUCUGACCUACUGUCUUAAAAAUGGGUGCCCUUGGCCCCAAGAGAUACUAAGAAGAAAAUGUAAUUAGAGCAGCAUGAAACUUGCUUUACUUUAUUCUCUCUACCUGUACACAAAUGUACACAGGAUAUGUAUGCAAUUAACUGCUGAUGGAUCAGUUCCAUUUAUAGGAAAAGUCAAAUGCUAGAUGGGUACCUGGCAUUCAGAAUUUGAGUUGAUCUGGGGCGCCUGGGUGGUUCAGACGGUUAAGCAACUGACUUAGGCUCAGGUUAUGAUCUCACGGUUUGUGAGUUCGAGCCCCACAUUGGGCUCUGUGCUGACAGCUCAGAGCCUGGAGCCUGCUUUGGAUUCUGUGUCUCCAUCUGUCUCUGCCCCACCCCUGCUUGCACCCUGUCUCUCAAAAAUGAAUAAAUGUUAAAAAAAAAUUUAGAAUUUGAGUUGAUCUAAUGUGGAAACUUCUCAUUUGAAAGUUUGAUUUGGAAGGAGAAGGGAAAAAUCCGACCAGCUUUAAAUUUUUAUGUUGUGAUUAACUAGUUCUUGAAUUUCAUAUUUGAUUUAUUUAAAUUCUUUUUAAAUAUUUUAGAACUUUUAGAAGACUUUUGGGACUAUUUUAAUACAGAUGGAAAAAUAUGUCAAUGUUCACAGCUGUAUAAAUCUACAUGGAAAAAUGGAAAUUUAUCCAGUUUCCAAUUUGCAGAAAGAGAUUGAAAUAAGGUUACUAUGUGCCAGUACCCAAGUUAAGAUAGGUUAUUUCAUGGUUGCAGGAAGGCCCCAUCCAUUUAAUGUUAAUCGUUCUUCCUAAAACAUCUCUGAAAAACCGGUUUCUCUGGAUUUCAAACUGCCAUUUCAUAAAUGCACUUGCAAGUUGAUAUUACAUGUAAUCAGAGAAAACCAGCAGUGGUAUUCGUUAAUCCUGAAAUGAGGCUGCAGCCCAAUGUAAGCAGGUGAAAGCUCUGCUUUUAAAACCUUUGCCUCAGAACAGCCGGUGCCCAACCUACACUUGAGUUGUGUUCCAAAAGCUUGCUUUUGUAAGUCUGUUGUUUGGAACUCUCUUUUUUAUUUUGUAGUCUGUAAAGUGGUUUGUUCCAGGACUGGGUAAGAAGGCUUUUCUACCUGCAGUUGUAUGUUACGUACAGUUACAGUAUUAGUAAUUUAUAGAACCUAAUAACCUGUCGGAAGAAAACUGUUUUCUGAGUUCAACCUUGGGAUGAUCUGCCUGAGAAUCAAAGACCCUCCUUUCCCUGGCACUGCCUUGUUCCUUCUGUCUGGCAGUCCGGGUGAGUGGCCCCAGGGCUAGAGCCCUGUUGGGGACUUUGUUCAGCUUCCAGGUUACAGAAAAAACAAGGCCUCUGGUGUUUACAAGGCUGCACUGCUACUUCCUAGCUGCACAAAUGUAAGCAAGUUACUUAACCUCUCUGAGCCAAGUGCCUUGCACUUCUGAGGAUUUGAGACAAUAAAUGUAAAAGUCCUGGGAUAUAAUAAUAAUUCACUAAUUAGUUGCUACAAUUAAUAAUGAUACAGAUAAGAAUAUCUAAUAAUGCAGUGUGUAAAAGAUGCAAAAUAAGUCCUCAAAAUUCAUUUAAUUCCAAGCCCUAGGGGGUAGCUAAUUAUUAGAGUUAAUAGUUACUUUGGAAAAAAUAUACAACAGAAAUAGCCGAACAUAAGAGAUACAGAGAACGUGUAGGACUUUCAAAGUGAGGAUGUGUUUUAUUAAUUGACCCCAUUUUUCUUUUUUUUUUUUUUUAAUUUUUAUAACAUUUAUUUAUUUUUUUGAGAGACGGAAGGCGGGGGCAGAGAGAGAGGGAGACACAGAAUCCGAAGUAAGCUCCAGGCUCCAAGCUGUCAGCACAGAGCCUGAUGUGGGGCUCAGACUCACAAACUGUGAGAUCAUGACUUGAGCUGAAGUCAGAUGUUUAGCCGAUUGAGCCACCCAUGUCUCCCUACCCCAUUUUUGUUUCUAAGCAAAGGGCAAAAUGCCAAAGGCUCUGAUGUCAUACACUCAGGUAUAAAUAACUAGUAAUGUGACUGGGGCAAGUUGCCUAAACACUCCAAUCUUCAGGUUCCUCAAAGGUAAAAUUAGGGUAAAUAUAAUGUAAGCUCUUAGUAGAGUUCAUUAUUUAGCUUAAUAAUGAAACUAAAUGUGAGUUUUAGUUUAUUUUCCGCAAGCUGUUAAAUUCUUGCUUUCCACCACAGUAAACUUUCCUUCUUUGAAAGGAGCAGCUCAAGCCCCCUCAGUCCAGAAGAUAUUGUGUUGUAUUGCUCCUGACCUCCUUCUAACCCUUUCACAAAAUUGCCUAUCCAGCCACCCAGAAAAAGAAAGUCAAGGACAAAUAUGAGGUGAUUCCAAUGAGCACACCUGCUUAAGAACACCUGGGUUAGAGAAGCAACGUGAUUAUUAGGGAGAAAGUGGUGGUAAAGAUGGAUUGACACCUGAAAGAUUCAUUUUUGGUCUUUAUAAAUUUUCUGAAGUUUUGUAUCCUUUUUCCUAUGUGAGAGUUUGAUUGUGGUUCAAGUAAUAAGCACAUUUCAGGGCCAUCAAAGGCCUGGUCUCUGCAGCCUGAUUUUUCUUUUAACACACAUAACGUGAGGCCUGAAUUACUGUCCAAGAGCCCCUUGAUAAGCUGGAGAAAAAAUGCUUUACUCAUUUCAUUGGUCUUAUAUUUAUGUGAAAAUAAAUCAUUCAAUAAUUCUGUUUUUUAAUAAAAUGCUUUUUCUUGUAUUUGUAAUUGAUUUGCUUUGAUUUACUUUCAUUCAUAAACAGUUCUCUGCCCUGUUUCCUCCACCUGGAGAUUGAUAAAAGGUUUUUGGCAGCCUCCAUUAACCCCAGUGGGUGGGCUGAUGUGAUAGUGGCAUGUACCUCUGGUGUGGUGACAUACAGGAUGUUGAUGACAAGGCAAUAGGGGCAUUUUCUUUCCCCUCAGCCUAGCUUCAAGCCCCCUUGGCAUUUGGCCCCAACCUUUGCUCACUCUUUGCCCCCGUACCCCUGCCAGACUGAACACUGCCUUUCCCCCGACAUAUGUCCCUUGCUUCUGGGCCUUUGAUCAUGCUAUUUCUUCUUCUAGGAGCACCCUCCCCACCACAUUCUUUUUUUCAAAAUUUUACUCCUCUUGGAAGUUAAUUCAAAUGCUACUUUUUCACUCCUCUUCAGAUACCUCUAUUCAACCCUGAUAAUGGUCUCUGUCUCCCUUCUUUUUUUUUUUAAUUUUUUUUUAAUGUUUGUUUAUUUUUGAGAGAGAGACAGAGCAUGAGCAGGGGAGAGGCAGAGAGAGAGGAGAGACAGAAUCUGAAACAGGCUGCAGGCUCUGAGCUGUCAGCACAGAGCCCGACGCGGGGCUUGAACCCAUGAACAGCGAGAUCAUGACCUGAGCCGAAGUCAGACGCUCAACCAACUGAGCCACCCAGAUGCCCCUGUCUCCCUUCUAAAACCAUCUUCUGCCUUAGUAAACCCUUCCCUGACAUUGAGUUCCAUUAUGCCAAAUCUAGACUACAUGGUUUUUACAUUCAUCUUAGGCAACCAAAAGAUGGGAUGGGGUUAAUUGAGAGGAAAAGUUUGGAACAGGGAAUCCAAACACAGGUAUAGCAAAAUGCAAAGGGAAUUUAGAGGUUUUUUGCAGAAGAGACUUCAGAAUGAUCAUGAAAGCUGAAGGAAAGGAAGCCCCUGGAAGGCAGUGCCCUUGUGGGGGCCCCUGAACAGAUGCACCUAGUGAGAGCACACCCAGCCAUGAAAACUUGGACAUUGAGAAAGAUAUUGUGCAUAACCUCCUCACGGCACAAGAUGAUUCUUACAAGCAUUCUUGAAUACCACCAAGGAAGGGAGACCCUCAAAGAUCUUUAGGGCAUGAGGUGUAAUAAAGGUACAUGUUAUCACUAACAUGAGCCAUGCAAAUGCUAGUCACCUCUAGUUAGGGAGCUGCAUCAUUCCUGUGUGGUGAAUAUAGGAAACACUAAUAACUUGUUCCAACCGGGCUCCUCAUGCUUCUUGUCUCAGUCAUAACCUACGCCUCCCUGACAGAUUGCAGAGCAAAUCUCUUGUGUCUUUUAUCUUCUCUCCUACUAGAUUGUGGGCAAAACAGAUGUGUCAAUAAAUGUUUGUGUAAAUGAAUCAUUCUUACUAGAGUGUUAUUUGCUUUUAUCUGGAUCCUAGAGCCAUCUGAACAGUACAAAUGAAUGACUCAGAAGAAUAGGACAUUGAUAAGUAACAUGGCAGUGUCAGUAUGACAACACGCUUGUUCAGUGGCUUUGUUACUGCUCCUCAUAAUUUUCCUAUAGGUAAUGAGCUUAUGGUUAUGUCCCGGCUUUAUUACCACCCAAUUCUGUCCUAUUUGCAGAAGUUGUGUUAAGACUUGGUGUACCUACAUUCAGCACAUCCGUUUCUGCAUGCUCAUUUUAAAUGGGCGAUGACAUGAAACCCAAAGAGGAAAGAGCACCUCAUUUUGUAAAAAGUGCUUCAUUUCAAUAAGCAUUUUAACUAACUGCAGAAAUAGGAGUAAAGAGUAUGUAAAAGAAAAAGAGAGGCAGCGGUUAAUUUAAAUUCCUUAAUAUUCUGUGUGGAGAAGAGGAGCACCUCCUUCUCGCAUCUGUCUUGGCAUACCAAAAUGUCCCUUCCAUGUGUCACUCAGCUGUUUGGGAAAUUGGUGGGGAGGCUGUUAGGGCCUGAUGCAGGAGCCAUGUAUGUGUUCCAUUGCUAUAUAUCCCUGCAUAGUCGUUCUAGAGCUUCUGGAAGAGCAGGAGAGGACAGUUUCUUCAGAGAAGGACCCUUGGUAAGGUACACAUGUGAGUCAGAACAGACCCUGGCCUUGAUUCUGGCCCAAGGUGCACUCCUGUGCCAACAUGUCCAGUUAGAUCCUGUGUCGGAGGUUUUGGGCCAAGGAGGGUCCACGGUACAGGGGAGGGCUCUUGGGAUGGAAGCUUAUGGACCUGGCUAUUUAACAACACAAAUAUUUCAACAUGUUAAAAACCGGUCUGGCCAUAGCAGUGCAGACAGGCAUUCCUGCUAAGAAUGCUUCUGUGGCUGGCUAGAGAACAUGAGAGGCCAUACUCCUAAAGGACUGCCUGGAGACCCCUGAGACCAUCUCACCUUUAGGAACUCUGUCGAUGCAGCUGAAGUUCAGGUAAUCCCUUUAGAUCUGUUCUAAGGUCUGCGCUGUUGUUGCUGACCCUAAUGUUCCAUUGUGUGGAGCUCCUGUGUCAGCCUGCACACUGGCCCCCUGGCUUCCAGCUCACCAGGCAUGUGCCCAUGGGACCUGUGUGGCCACUGGUUGCAGCAACAUGUCAGUACUUUUGUAGGGUAAGUCCUGGGCUGGUGUUGUAGGAUAUUCACAUAUGAAGGCACAGUUCAGAUCUGCAGUCUAGAAAGGUCCCUUUUCAGGUUGGAAAAACUUAAGCACACAUCAGAGUAAUCCAAGAAGCCUGAGGAGGGUCCUGGAGCUGACGCGGGUAUGUAAAAGGACAAUUUUGUCAGAUUAACAUUUGUGCUAAGUAAUUUUUCUUUGGGGAUGGGAUUUUUCUCUUCCAGCACCUCAGUAACCUCUGCCAAAGUGGCUGUGAAUGGUGUCCACUUGCAUUAUCAGCGGACUGGAGAGGGAGAGCAUGCGGUCCUGCUGCUUCCUGGAAUGUUGGGAAGUGGAGAGACUGAUUUUGGACCUCAGAUUAAGAACCUCAAUAAAAAGCUCUUCACGGUGGUUGCCUGGGAUCCUCGAGGAUAUGGACAUUCCAGACCCCCAGAUCGAGAUUUCCCAUUGGACUUUUUUGAAAGGGAUGCAAAAGAUGCAGUUGAUUUGAUGAAGACAUUGAAGUUUAAGAAGGUGUCCUUGUUGGGGUGGAGCGAUGGUGGUAUUACAGCACUCAUAGCAGCUGCAAGAUAUCCAUCUUACAUCAAUAAGAUGGUGAUCUGGGGAGCCAAUGCCUAUGUGACUGAGGAAGAUGAAACCAUUUAUCAGGGUAUCAGAGAUGUUUCCAAAUGGAGUGAGAGAACAAGAAAACCUCUAGAAACCUUAUAUGGGUAUGACUACUUUACCAAAACCUGUGAGAAGUGGGUGGAUGGCAUAAAACAAUUUAAACAUCUUUCAGAUGGGAAUAUCUGUCGGCACUUGCUGCCCCUGGUUCAGUGCCCCACCUUAAUCGUGCAUGGGGAGAAGGAUCCUCUGGUCCCACGUUUCCAUGCCAACUUCAUACACAAACAUGUGAGAGGGUCACGGUUGCAUUUGAUGCCAGAAGGCAAACACAACCUGCAUCUACGUUUUGCAAAUGAAUUCAAUAAGUUAGCAGAAGACUUCUUACAAUAAAAAUGCCCACUGCUGGGAGCUGGGCAUUCCUUAGUGUGGGGCUUCAGCCUGUUGCCACCUGUGAAACACACCCGUCACACCUCACCUCCAUGCUUUCUACUCCCUGCAAAGUACUCUCAGACAUACACAAAUAAUGACCUAUUAAAACGUCUUCUAGGGGCAUCUGGGUGGCUCAGUGGAUUAAGUGUCUGCUUCUGGAUUUCAGCUCAGGUCACGAUCUUGUGGUUCAUGAGUUCGAGCCCUGCAUCCUGCUCUGUGCUGACAGCUCAGAGCCUGCUUGGGAUACUUUCUCUGUGCCCCUCCUCCCCUCAUGCUCCCUCUAAAUAAAUGAAUAAACACAAACAAACUUAAAGUCUUGUAGCUAUAAAGCCUACAAAAAUUAGAUCUGAUUUUUUAAACAUUAAGUUGUGAAUUCUACCAUUAGUUAAAAUAAAUUCUGGUUGUGAUUUA